AUCAAGUCUUCCUCGAAGGGACACUAUAGUGAUCAGAACAACUACAGCUUAAUGUAGUGGGUCUGGUGUCUAUAGCUUAUCCCUUCAGGCCUUUUAAUGGAAUUUAAUUUCAGAGAAAAUGCAGUGUUUACAUUGCUGGCUAGUUACACCUCUAGUGGUAGUCACUCAGACUGCCACAAGAGGUGCUCUUGUGUGUCAUUGCUGCACAAUAUGCAGCACUGACUAUCAGAGUCCCGAUGCUCUGCAACCAGUCCAGUAACCUAAACGCUGUUUUCACACCUAUGUCAGCUACACACGUUUGUAUUCCUGACACUACUGUGUUCCUUUAAAUUUAAAUGACCACUCUAGUGUGCUGGGUGCAGUGGUCCUGUCAAUUUAAUAAUUCAAGGUAAAAUAUUGCCGUUCGCAUGAUGCAGAGGCCCCCGUAGGAAAAUGUUUAAAUGUGCUUGUCAUGCAUGCACAUCAGUUACAUGAUAUUAUGGGAGGAGUGGAGUUAAGUAUUACAGAGGGAGCUUUUGGGGUUUGUCACCCUUCCUAUGCAUCUAGGUCAGGGGUAGGCAACCUUCGGCACUCCAGAUGUUGUGCACUACAUCCCCCAUAAUGCUCUUAUACUCAAAGCUGGCAAAGCAUCAUGGGAGGUGUAGUGCAGAACAUCUGAAGUGCUGAAGGUUGCCUAUUCCUGCUCUUGAUUGAAAGUUCCCACGGGAGUAGGGUGUGUGGGUUUUUUUUUUUUUUUUUUAUUGUCUUUUCGUUCUAUUGUCUUUUUUGCAUAUAUCCAUGGACGGCGCAUGCAGAAUGUGAUGGCGCUUUAUAAAUAAAGUAUAAUAAUUGUGCCUUGUCCCUCACCAAAAGGUGAUGUUUGCAUUAAUUUGGUGUUUUUUUUUAAUGUGUUUUUUUUUUUUUUCAGGCUGAUUUGACUAAGUCUGUGCCUCGUAAACAUGUUUGCAGUUUAUCAUCACCACCACCACCAAGAUAUGCUUGUUUCCCCAUCGUAGUGCCAUGCUUUCCGAAUAUAAGGUUUGCAAGCAUCAGUGCAACACCCCUUCCAAAUUUAAGGUACUCAUCUUGCUAAUAAAGCAGACUAAACUCACCCACUAAGCCUGGGGACCCAUUUUUAAUUAAGACACCAUCUGUUUCUGCUCUUUGCCUCUAGCACUGAUGUUUUUUGGUUUGUUUCUGAUUUUUCUUUAAAAAAAAAAAAUAAUAAAGUGCCUAGGCUAAGUCCAUAGCCCUAACGCCUCUGAGCAGGGCACAUAACGUUAUUCACUAGCUCCCUCCGAGAUACUACACGUUUCUAGCACGAGGGAGUAAAGCAGAGAUCACCUUAUAAAAAUCGGGUGGCAUAGCACCUGUGAAACUAUAUGUUGAUUACCUGGAAUGUAUUUAAUACAUGUUAUCCUUUAUGCACAUGUUGUUGUAAAAUGAAUUUAAUACUUGCAUACCCACAAAAAUAAAGAAUAAAAAAAAAAAAAAAAAUCUCCUUUUUAAUCUGGCUAAGCAGCGCUGUUUAGUCAGACUUUACUGUUUUAUGACCAUUUGCUGCUUAAACUGACUUGCCUGCUGCUGCAGUUUUACACAAAGCAAUCACAGCAGCAGGAAAGAUAAUAGAGCCAACAUGGCUGCUUAACCAGAUAUAAAAAAAAACCAAACCUCUCCCUCUCCUUUUCCCUUUGAGAUUUUAAACAAACUUAUUCCAGAUUAAUAUACUCUUGCUGAUCUGAAGUAUGUGCUUCUGUUUUUCCAUAUGUAGCUUUGCUGAUGGAGACGAAGUGUGGAGAAAUAUGGUGGAACAAGAUCGCGACUACCCGAGGUCCAGCAACUGGCUAAAAAAACACCCGGAGUUGGACUCGCGUAUGAGAGCAGUUUUAUUGGACUGGCUCAUGGAGGUAAAUAUAAAACACAAUGUCAAGCUUUUUAUUUAAGGAACGUUUGUAGGAAGAGACCAAUGACUUGUUACAGAUUUGCACUAAUCAUUCCACACUGUGUCCCAUGACGGCAGUGCCUGAUAAUCUAAUCCACAACAGCGGAAACUCCAAAGGUUCUAUGUGGCUGCCUUCUCCUUAAUCUGGCCAUGUCUAGGCUUCAGACUUCAAGGCAAUCAUGGAGAAUAUUCUUUUUAGUGAAUGUCAUGGUUUAUGCACUUAUAAUGUGAUUUUUCUCAUUAAAAUCUGCUACUGUCUUUGCAUGAACCGUAUGAUCUCAUGAGCUUUCUGCAAUUUUUCUUUUAGGUUUGUGAACUCCACAAUCUGCACAGAGAGACCUACUACUUGGCUCAGGAGUAUUUUGACAGGUUCAUGGCAACGCAGGAAAAUGUACACCGAAAUAGACUGCAGCUUAUUGGCAUCAGCUGUCUGUUCCUAGCGGCAAAACGCGAGGUAGAUAGAAGCCUGCUUUCUUUAUCCCUUUUCUCCCAAACACCAUAGAUUGAUUGUUUGGUUCAGCUCUAACGUGUAUUGGUAACCUUUCUGAAGGGACUGUAGUGUUUCCACACCCUUUCUUCCCCAUCAACCUGUUAAUGAUGGUGCGAGUGUCUCUUUAACGAGCUGGGUUCCAUAACCUUGACAGAAGGGCAAGUAUAGGUCCUCACAAGAGAUCCCAGGAAAACUGAAACUUUGGGGAAUUGACAUCCCAGAAUGCCAUACUUUGUCGAGCAGAAUUUUCACUUCCUAUUGGCUAGUCAUGGGGACUAUUCUAAAUCGUUAUGAUGUGAGCUGGAUAGAAACACUGUUUCCUCUUUUUAACCUUCUAUGUGUCAAAUUUGAUUUCAGGAAAUCUACCCACCUAAACUGUAUCAGUUUGCGUUCAUUACGGAUCGAGCUUGUACGAGAAAAGAGAUUCGCAACAUGGAGUUGAUCAUAUUAAAGGUAACUGUUUGGUUUAUGUUCUAGAUAUCUAUUUGUGAUUAAUAACCGCUGGUCUAGAGGUACAGUUAAAUGGGAUACAAAUAUACCAGAAUCUAUAGAUUACAUCCACAGUGUGAAUUAAACCAAGAGUGUCAUGCUGCAGUGCUCAGAUAUCCGAAUACAUCUCCAAUAACCUUCUUUAUACUGUUAGCUGGCUGAGAACUGGUAGUGCCAUCGACUGGUUUGAUAAGCUUGUUUUUUCUAAAUGUAAUGCUUCGCACACAGAACUCAAGUGUCUCUUAUCCCACUCCUCUCCCUCUUGUUGGUUUCUUAAACACAUUAUGUAUUUUAUUUCUUUGUAUUAAUAAAACACCCCCUCCCCACCCCAGUUGUAUGUUUUACCAGGGGCCCAAAAGGUAGAUCCACAGCUGUUGUUGUAGAACUACAACUCACAUGAAGCUUUGCAUGCCUUUAGAAUGACAAAGCAUAAUGGAAGCUGUAGUUUUAAAACCUCUAGGGAUCUACCUGGGCACCUCUGGUUUAUACUGUUGCACUUGCUAUAAUACCUGAAGUGUCCCUCAUUUUGACCUACAGGGAAGCACAGCAAUGCUUCCACAAAACAGGAAGCCAUUCCCCUGCCCCACACCACUGUGCUGGUUCCAUAUAUUCUCCUGGUAAAGAACAUUGUGCUAGUCUUGCACACAAAGGAUUCAUUUAGCAGCUUUAUAUGAGCAUGCAUCAGGUGUUCUAAUUACAGGUACAACUUAAUCGAACACUGCCUUGCCCACCAUUGGUACCCAUUCUCCCAGUCUUGCAAAUAUCAAAUGUAAGUGCUUCUCGUAUCCAUUUGUAGCUGCUCUGUAGAUCAUUUGCUGUUAAAUGAAUGCUUGCUGUAUCAUUUAGCGAGAAGACCGGUUAAACACAGUGGUGUGAUCUGGGAGGAAGUCUUGAAAAUUGUAGUAAACCCUUUAUAAUCUAGAACUUGUAAUCUAUGUACACAAAGGACAAAACCAGAAGUCUCUUGUUAUAAAACAGAGAAGGAAAAAAAGUUCAAGUUUAACGUUUUUUGAUUUAUCAUUUGCUUAAUCUCUACCAUCUGAUCUAACCAGGCACUUUGCUGGCGUUUAAAUCCAUUGACUGUAAUUUCUUGGCUGAAUGUCUACAUGCAACUUGCGAAUCAGUCUCCACCGGAGGAAUUUCUCACGCCAAAAUAUCCGUGGUCUAUGUACACACAAAUAACAGAGGUAAGUUCUUUAAUAUGCAUCAAAAUGUAACGUUUUCUAGUUUUACUUCCCUAUAUCUUAGUGGUGAGAUAAUAGUGGGUUCACUGUGUUUAUAUAUAGAACAGUGUAACCAUAAGCUCACACUAUUAAAGUUCUACACCUCUAAACACCGUCUGCUGUAGUUUGAAGCAUUUCUCCUGUGACAGCCCCAAUAUGUUAAUCAUUUGUUUUUCUGUUUAGCAAAAUCUGGAUGAAAAAGUAUUUAAUAUUGUGUUUUUUUUCUUGUUUCCAGCUUUUAGAUAUCUGUGUUCUCGAUAUUGACAGCUUGCAAUAUCCUCGCCGUACUCUUGCUGCCGCGGCAUUGUAUCACUUUUCUGAUUUGCAAUUGGUGGAGAAAGUUUCAGGUAUGUGACCAAAUGUUUACGUGUUAACAAAUUAAGUCCACCUGCCUAAGAAGUAUUGUCAUUUUGUGUGCUUCAGUAGGGAUUUAGGGGUUUAUACACCAAGUUUAAAGUGAAUUGAUCACUGGAUUUUAAAGAAACUUUAGUCGUGACAACAAUUGAACUGGAUCAAUAUUUAUUUUACAAUUUGUACUUGUUGCCUACAAUUUGAGCUUUGGUUUUGAUGAUCUGUAUUAAAGGAACACUAUUUUGGGCUUUUUAUAAAUUUUUGAAUUGCAUCAUGCUGUGUGCGAUGCCUCCGAAUGUUUGAGACCUUUAGAAAUCGAAGGAAUUCAAUAAGGAAGUAGUGUAGACGCCAUAUAAACAGUGUUGUUUCUCAGGAACUGCAUUGUUUUUAAAGGGACAGAGUCUAUGGACCAAAACAACUAGAUGGUCAGAUGAGGUGGUUUUUGGUGCUUCAUGUCCCUUUUUAAUUGACUUGCAUCUAUCCACCUACUGGACUAACUCCUCUCUUUGUGAGACUUGUAUAGAUAUUUUUCUUCCUUCGGAGCUGUGUGUAUGCGAGUAUAAAAAUGUUGCUUAUUUAAAUACUAAUCCUUUUUUUGUAUUUUUUGUAUUUUUUUUAUUUUAAGGUCUUAGUAGCAUAGAGUUGUCGAACUGCAUUACAUGGGUAGUACCCUUUGCAAUGACAAUAAAGGCAACUGGGAUCUCAACACUAAAGCCGUUGAAAGAAGUCUCCAUUGAUGACUUGCACAACAAACAGACUCACAUGAACGCCUUGCGGAAGAUGGUAAGAUUUUUGUCCUGAUGUUUGGUUAGACACAGGCUGGGGAACCCCUAGUAGUAUGACCUAGAUUAGGGUGACCGUACGUUAUUCAAAAACUGAGUUCUAAAAAGCACAGAUUUUAUUGCCCUCGGGUAGAUAAAAAUCUUGGAUUGAUGUAAAGGUUCUUUAACAAUAAUUUGAAAUCUAGUGCUUGAAGUGAAAUGCUGGGCUGUGCAAAGCUUUCACACUGAUCAAACUUUCAUGAUGUUACCUUGGCAAUAUAUGAUGUUAACUUGUGUGGACAAUCCAACAUUGUCAAGCAUAGCUGUCUUAUUAGUAGACCAUGUUCUAAUGACAUUGCAAAUCUAUAAAAGUGGAUGACCACGCAUCUAGAGACUGUUUCCAAUUAAUCAUUCCUGUGUCUGUUGUAUUUAGCUUCCAUUUGGGAAUGCCAUAAAAUUGUUUAAACUAUAAUUUAUAUUCUUAAAUAAAAAGAAAAUAAUAAUUUAAUAAGUAAACAAUUAUGUUCAGAAAGAGGAUCUAACUCUUAAUUUGUUCUAAAUAAAUGAACGCGUCCUUGUUUAAAUUGUGUUACCGUUAAAAUCUACAAUUUGUUUUUAUUUUAUUUUUUUUUUCCAGGAACAAUCUCACAAGUAUAAGGCAGACUUGGAAAUGCAGGAAACGGCUCAAUUCAGGGCAUCUCUGAAUUUUUUUACAGUAUUUUGGGAUCCGCAAAUUCCUCAUUACGGAGGUUUACUGGUGGGGCAGGCUCCAUCUUCAGAUGUGAGCUUUGAGGAGAACACCAGCAUAGAUUUGCUCUCCGAUUCCAAUCCAGCACUUCCACAAAGUGAAAUGAAGCCUCAUGACGUAUCCAUAGAAAACUGAAAUCCUUGUAUUUCUGCACUUUAUCAUUAUGUUUUUAUAUGUGACUUAUGUGGUUUUUUUUUUUUUAUUUUUUUUUGGAGUGGACUUGCCCGUUUUGUCAAAGAACUUUUUCUUUUCAAGGGACGUUCCUUGCUUCAAAGGGCACUUUAUGUUUAGUAAACUGUGUGCUGUGCACAUUGUUUUGGUCUGGUUGCUGCUAUAUAAUAUUUGACUAAAUCUAGCUGCUCUACCAAUGUAUGGGCUCAAUGCUAAACACUGAACUCACAAACUUUGCUACAAAGAAAAGUGCAAUUCUCUAUUCUAGUAUGUUUUAUGAACUGAUGCAUAUGUUAUGCUUUUUUAAAUAUAAAUAUUUUAAGACUUUUUUUUAUUUUUAUUUUUUAAUCUGCUAAAUAUGUAUUUUUCAAUAAAGAAGCA